GAAACGUGUGACAUCACUGAUUUCACACACACAAGGAAAUAGGAAAUGACAAACCUCGACAUGCAGGAUGAUGGAGAGACAGACGUCAGGAGUCAGAGACGAUGAUGGACUGAAGACUGAAGAAAGAACAGGAUAUCAUCAUGUCCAGCAGAGAGAGCAGAGAUGUUGUUCGCAGUUCCUCUCGCAGGAGAAGAAAAAGCAAAUCCAUAAGCCCCCCCUUCAUGAGUGAUCUGAGGAUUGUUCUUCUGGGGAAGAGCAUGUCAGAAAACAGUGGAGUGGGAAACUUCCUGUUGGGACGAGCAGCAUUUGACAGUGAAGCUCCUCCAGAUGUUGUAGAGAGAGUCGGAGGAAGAUUGAAGGACAGACACGUGAUGGUCAUCAGCAGUCCUCAGCUGCUCCAGACAAACAUCUCAGAUCAUCAGAUCUCACAGACAGUGAGAGAGUGUGUGUAUCUCUCUGAUCCAGGACCUCAUGUGAUCGUUCUGCUCCUCAAACAUGAUCAGUGUUCAGCAGAAGAUCAGCAGUGUGUGGAGAAGGUGCUGGACUCGUUCUCUGAGCGGGUUUAUCAACACACCAUGGUGCUCACCACACAAGAGUCCACUGAAACCAAUGACAUCCUACAGAAGAUCAUUCAGAAGUGCUUCAACAGACACUUCAGUCUUCAGAGAAGCAGCUCUCCUGAUGAUCUUCUGCAGACGUUUGAGGAGAUUGUGCAAAAGAAUGAUGGACGACACCUGGAUUGUGCUGAAGAGUCACAGUAUUUCUCAAUGAAGCAACAGGACACAGAGAGACUUUCAGAGGGUGUGAAGCUGAAUCUGGUUGUGUGUGGGAGUGACGGCACAUUAAAAUCCUCCAUAUCAGAGCAGAUCCUGCAGCAGACAGACAGAAGAUCAGACGUGGAUCUUCAUGGACGUCAGAUCAGUCUGGUGGAGCUUCCAGCUCUGUUCAACACUCGUCUCUCAGAGGAGGAAGUGAUGCGUCAGACUCUCCGUUGUGUGUCUCUCUGUCAUCCUGGAGUUCAUGUUUUCCUCCUCAUUAUUCCUGAUGCUCCACUCAAUAAUGAAGACAAAGCAGAAAUGGAAGAGAUCCAGAGGAUCUUAAGCUCCAGAAUCAACAAACACAUGAUGAUCCUCAUAAUGCAGAAUUCAGAGCAUCAGACAGAAGAACUCAAUGAAGAAACACAGUCUGUCAUUGAGAGAUUUGGAGGACGACAUCAUUUCUUUGGUCCCAACACACAAGUGUCCACAUUGAUGGAGAACAUUGAGAAGAUGCUGGAAGAAAACAGAGGAGAGCUGUACUCCACAGAGACAUUUCUGGAGGCACAGAUGGAAAAACUGAUGAAAUAUGAAGAGAUAAAGAAGAAAAUCGACUCACUAGAGACACAUUUACUGUCACAAGGUUCAAGAGAAAACACAGAUGAACUGAGGAUUGUGCUGCUGGGAAAAACUGGAGUUGGGAAGAGUGCAACAGGAAACACAAUCUUAGGAAGAGACGCGUUUACAGCAGAAACAUCUCAAGAGUCAGUGACUAAAGAGAGUCAGAGAGAAUCAUCUGAAAUCAACGGCCGACGCAUUACUGUGAUCGACACUCCAGGACUGUUUGAUACUGAACUGAGUAAUGAGGAGAUCCAGAGAGAAAUCAGACACUGCAUCUCCAUGAUCCUGCCUGGACCACAUGUGUUCAUCAUUGUGCUCAAUUUAGGACAACGAUUCACUAAACAUGAGGAAACAUCAGUGAAGAUCAUCCAAGAGAUGUUUGGUGAGAAAUCCUUAAUGUUCACCAUGGUGCUCUUCACCAGAGGAGAUGAUCUGAAGAACAAAACUAUUGAACAGUGUUUGGGAAAACCUGGAUCUCCUUUGAUGAAGCUGAUUGAAGCUUGUAGAAACAGAUUCCAUGUGUUCAAUAAUAAUCAGACUGGAGACCGAACACAGGUGUCUGAUCUACUGGAGAAGAUAGACAACAUGGUGAGAGCGAACGGAGGGAGUUUCUACUCAUGUAAGAUGUUCAGAGAGAUGGAGAGAGAAAGACAAGAACAACAGAUGAAGAUCCUGAUGGACAGAGUCAGAGAAAGAGAAGAACUGAUGAAGAAACUGGAAGAAGAAAUGAACAAAGAACGAGAGACAUUUAAAAAUAAAAUAGAGCAACUGAAGAAAGAAAAAGAAAAACUGCUGAUGAAAUAUGACACGGAAAUAGACAGACUAAUGAAUAGAAUACAGAUUGAACGACAGAAUCAUGAAAAAGAGAGAAAAAGAAGAGAAGAUGAAUAUACAGAAAGAGAAGAACAAUAUAAUAUACAGAUGAGAAGAGAACGAGAGGAAUGGGAGCAACAGAAACUGGAGGAAAAGACAAGAAGAGAAGAAGAUAAGAAAAGGACAGAGAGAGAAAAACAGAUUUCUGAUGAACAGAUUCAGAGACUCAGGAGUGAAAUGGAGGGAAUAAUCGGAGAGAAAGAGAGAACAGAAAGAGAGAGACAAGAACAACUAGAGGAUCUAGAGAAGAGACUGACAGAAGAAAGAAACAUGAGAGAAGAUCCACAAAAGACUUCUGAAGAGAAACAGAAACUCCUUGAAGAACAGCAUGAAGAAGAACUGAAGAGAAGACGAGUAGAGUGGAGAGAGGAAUAUGAAGAAGAGAAAGAGAAGAUGAUGAGGAAGAUCUGCUCUGAAACUGAUAAGUCACUACAGGUCUCAGCCUGCAGGAAACUGAAGAAUGAAUACAGGAAGUGGUCCUGGAGUCUUCACAGUGCCAUGAUGGAAACUGAGAACAAACUUCACAACAAAAUAGAAAAUGAAGCUAUUCAUGAAGUUGAGGAAACUGAUCUUCAAAGAGAACUGAAGAAGACAAGUGAAGAAGUGGAGAAAUCAAUGUCUGAGUUCUUUGAGAAAGACAUUGAUAAAUAUAUACUGAUUCAGUGGAAAACAUCAUGUGAAAUCAAAAUCAAAAAGCUUCAGGAAAACAUUGUGAGAGAAACAAAGAGGAAACUAAAUGAUAUUCUUCAGCAGCGAGACCUGAAGAAAAAGAUUGAUGAUCAGAGAAUAAAUCAUGAAAACACUCUCUAUGAAAAGAGCAAAGAACUCGCCUUAAAACUCAAAGACAAAACAAAUGAUGAAGAAACACUGAAGAAAGAGUUUGAUUUGUUCUGGGAACAGAGUGUGAAGAAGAUCAUCACAGACAUUCCUCUAAUCAGAGACAUUGAUGUAAUGAGAGAUGUGAGAAAGAUCCUUAGUGACGUCUAUGAAAGUGUGUCUGUAGAUCACUGGAGGGAUAUUUUCGCUGUAUCAAGUUAUUCAGAUUAUGUGAAAUUAAAGGGAUUAAGAGGAAUUAAUGCAUAUUUAUCAAAUGCCAUAAAAUCAGUGAAAGAUCUGUCUCCAGAAGAUGAAGCUCAAAUCAGAUCAUUAGUCACAGAUGUUUCUCUGCAGACAGACAGAAUGAUUAAGUCAUAUAACAUCUCAAAGAUGGGCUACAACAUCAGCUACAUUCAGCUACUCACAGAUUACAUCAAGAGGAGAGUAACAGAACAUCAGGAAGAACAAGUGAAUUAUGUGUUCAAGAAGGAAUUCUUCAUGGAUUUGUUUCUUUCCAUCUGUAAGAGAACAAACAAGAAGAUCACUGACCAACACAGACUGUUCAGAGAAGCCAAUGAUCCUGUAAUAUAUGUUGAGAAGAAGAGAAAAGAGUACUAUAGGAUUUUCCAGAAAUAUUGUCAUGGAGCAACAUCAGCUGCUGUUUUUGGUGUGAUCAUCUGUCAGAAACUCAAAGAGCCCAUUGAGCAGAGCGUCUACAAGAAGACUGCCAGAUAUCUGACAGAUGAAAUGAGAUCAAACUGUGAAUCACUGAAUGGAAACAGAUCAAAUCUGGAAAAACACAUCCUGAAGACACUGGCAGAAGAGGAGGAUUUUGACAAAUACAUGAACUACAUUUAUAAUCCCAGAGAUCACUUCAAGAGUUUCAUCAGAGAUGAAGUCAGUCGGUACAUCUCUGAUAAGUUCAGUGUCAGUGUUUUACCCAAGAUGAAGGAGAACAUUGAACUCCUGCAGCAGAAGAUCAUGAAAGCAGCACAUGAAUCUACUGAACCUGUUCAAGAGAACAGAGAAGAUGUUGGUUUGUGGUUGAAGAGUUUCACACAGCAGAUUUCAGAUGAGCUGAUCUUCUCUGAAAAAGACCUCAGUGGAGUCAAACAUGAUGAUGUUGAUGAUUUCAGGCUCCUAGAAGAUGUGAUGAGACAAGAACUUCCUGCUAUAAUGACUGACAUCAGCAGUAGAUUCAACACAGAGUCAUUUCCAGUAAAGCUGGACUGUAAGUUCAGACCAGAUGAGCUUCUGAUUGAUCUCUUCUGUCAGUGCUGUUGGGUUCGAUGUCCGUUCUGUAAAGCCAUCUGCACCAACGAUAUAAAAAACCAUGAUGGAGAUCACAGUGUUGCUUUCCACAGAGUGACUGGAAUUAAUGGCACAUAUUACAGUUUAACAGGGAAUCUCUGUACUGAUAUGUGCACAGACUUAGUGACAAGUGGUCAGUGUUUUAAUACAUCAGAUGGAAAUUUUAAAUAUAGAGACUACAGAAGAGCAGGAGGAGUUUAUGCGAACUGGAGCAUCGAUCCUGAUCUCUCUGAACUGCCCUACUGGAAGUGGUUUGUGUGCAGAUUCCAGAAAGAUCUGGAAAAAUCCUACAGUAAAACAUUUGAGGGGAAGAAUGAGAUUCCAGAUAUUUUUUUUGAGGGGGAUGAUGACAUACCAGAUGAAUGGAGAAAAUACUCAAAACAUGAUGCUAUUGAGAGUUUGGAUCGAUACAUGUAAUGGAGCAGAUGAAGAAUGAGACUCUUGCAUCUCCUCACCUCAGAAGAUCAGAGCUUCAUCAAAUACACCAGAAGAGAGUUAAAGACAAGAUUCAGUUCCUCAUACAAAUGUCUGUCAGAUGAUCAAAACAACAUAUUUCUGAACAUAUGCCUCAUUGAUAAAGCUCAAAAUGAUUGAUGAAUUAUAAUUUAUUACUAAUCUAAGCAUCUUAAUCUCUAUCAUGAAGAUCUUUGAUAAGGACAUUAAUGACAGACUGUUGAUGAAAUAUGAUUGAAGUGUGUGUUUGUUAAAGCUCAGUGCUGGAAUCAGACGAUGGAGGAAAGUGUGAGAAAUAAACAGAUGUGUGAAUCAAAUCUCUCAGACCCGUCAAUCUGAUUCAUAUUGAUUCAUAUUCAUAUGAUUCACUCCACACAAAUACUGUCAACAUCAUGAAUUUAUUGACCUUGUCAAGUGUCCUUUCACACUUGUUUAAUAUUUACUCGCAUUAUGAGAAACUUUGAUUUGACUUUAGAAACCUGAAGAUCUCUAUAGCAGAUUUUCAUUCUCUGACAGCAUUUCAGUCUUUGAUCAAAUUCAUCACUUAAACAUUGUUAAAACCUCACUGAUAAUGUUUAUUACACAAUACUGUGAUCCAGAUGUGGAGGAUUAUAAUGACACACUUAAAGUGGAUAUGAAGCAGUCGGUCAAGUUCACAUUAUUGAGUAAAUGGAUUUCCAUUGACACAUCUGCUCCUCCUUCAGCGAUGUACAGAGAUAUCCUCAAGUUUCUCCUGUUUCUCAGUACUGGUGUGUGUUGAUGUUGUUUUCUGAGUGUACAGCAGUAGGCGCCAAAUAUCAUUAUCGAGAUUUUCAGUGACAGAAUGAAUAAAGUUUCCAGAACAAACUCA